AUGGCCGACGCAGAGCAACCCAACCAGGACCCCGCCCCCGCCCCCCCCGCCGAGGGAACGGACGGCCCCAAGGGCCCAUCCAAGAACGAACUCAAGAAGCGCGCAAAGGAGGAGGAGAAGGCCCGCAAGGCGGCAGAGAAGGCGGCCAAGCAGGCAGAGGCCGAUGCGCAGAAGGCCGCCGCCGACGUCGACUAUGCGACCGAGUUCUACGGCAAGCUCCCCCUGAACCAGUCGCAGUCGCGCCCCAAGCGCGCCCACGCGCGCAUCGCGGACCUGAACGCGUCCAUGGACGGCCAGUCCGUCCUCCUUCGCGCGCGCGUCCAGACCUCGCGUGCGCAGGGCAGCAAGAUGGUCUUCCUCAAUCUGCGCCAGCGUACCGACUCCGUUCAGGCGCUGCUAUCCGUCGCGCCGGAGAAGGUCAGCAAGCAGAUGGCGAAGUGGGCCGCGGGUCUGUCGAUCGAGAGCAUUGUGCUUGUGGAGGGCACCGUGAAGAAGGCGCCGGAGGCGAUCAAGAGCGCCACGGUUCAGGACGCGGAACUGCAUAUCUCGCAGAUCCAUCUCGUUUCUGGCCUCGAGACUGUCCUGCCCUUUACUGUUGACGACGCCAACCGUCCCGAGCCCCCAGAAACGGAGGCAGAGGACGUUCAGAUCAAGCGCGUCCUCCUUGACACCCGUCUGAACAACCGUGUCGUCGACCUGAGGACACAAACCAACCAAGCUGUUUUCAAGCUCCAGCACGGGAUCACCCACCUCUUCCGCGAAUACCUGGAUGGCCUGGGUUUUAUUGAGAUCCACAGUCCGAAACUGCAAGGUGCUGCCACAGAAUCUGGUGCCUCCGUGUUCGAGAUCGGCCCCGUCUUCCGCGCCGAGAACGCAAACACUCACCGACACAUGACCGAGUUCAUCGGUCUGGAUCUGGAGAUGGCUUUCGAGGAGCACUACCACGAGGUGAUGGAGCUGCUCGACGGGCUCUUCCUCCACAUGUUCCGCAGCUUGAAGCAGAAGUAUGCAAACGAGAUCGAGACCCACCACAACGAGAAGCGUCUCGGUCGCAUCGUCCGUGCAAAGUAUGACACUGACUACUUCAUCAUCGACAAAUUCCCUAUGGACCUCCGACCCUUCUAUACGAUGCCCGACCCCGACGACCCGACGCUCUCAAACUCCUACGACUUCUUCAUGCGCGGCGAAGAGAUCCUUUCCGGCGCUCAACGUAUCCACGACGCGCCCUGCUGGCUGAGAAGAUGCUCAGCAAGGCUCAACAACAUCCGCCGCGCCUCGCUCUUCCCCCGUGACCCCAAGCGACUGGAGCCGUGA